AUGUGCUACGGAAACUACUUCGGUGGCCUCGGCUAUGGCUAUGGUGACCUCGGCUAUGGCUAUGGUGGCCUGGGCUAUGGCUAUGGAGGUCUGGGCUAUGGCUAUGGUGGCCUGGGCUAUGGCUAUGGUGGCCUGGGCUACGGCUAUGGCUGUGGCUGUGGCUCUAGAUAUGCCUACAGUACCUAUCGCCCGUGCUGCUAUGGAAGAGUUUCUGGACUUUACUAA